AGGUAAUUGUGAAUGAACUCGUCCAAGAACGUAAACAGGAAGUGUCGAUACAUUGCAAAGUGGGACAUUUUCAAUCGGCUAAGAAAAUACUUGAGUAUUCAUGAUUUAGGAAUUUUAACACGAAAAACAACACUGAAUGCCACUGAACUAACUGACACUAAUUGUACAUCUUUCGACCCUGGGAGAAGUGGGAAUCAUCUCUCUGCUAUCAUUCUCACUUUCUGAUACGUCGUUGUAGCUAUCUUAUUUUGAAUAUUGUCAGUUAUAAAGCAAAGAUGGCUUUGUCAUAUUUACAAAUAUCCAAGUCAAAUAUAUGCCAUUGUCUUUAUUUGCCAUGAAACAGAUUAGAACUUCGUAGCAUGAGCUGUCUGUCCUGAAUAUCUUUUGAAUGGGGAAACUGUUUGAUUAGAGAGCUUACUACAGUGCUUCUACGACAAGCACUAGUAAAUGAGCUACAAUGGUUGACCGAAUUUGCUCAAUAUGGUUUUGGUUUGGAUCGAAUCGUCCGGGAUUCUUUCUUGGAACAACGUUUCUGUUAACUCUGAUGGUACUGAUGUGGCUUGGUGGUAUUCCAGCCAGUCUGAGUUUAGGCCCAGGUGGACAGUUCCCAGGGUGCCGAGGUAGGUAAUCUGCCAGACACACCUAGAGUAAAGCAGGUAUGGAAUUUGAUUUGUUACCCCUAAAUAGAAAAUAGAACGUAACCUUCCCUCUCUCACACACAGAUCUGUCACUCUAUGCCUUUAGUCAUGAGGAGCUGCCCUCUCUUCUCUACAACGCAGUUCUCCUGCUGUUGCUUGGACCAUGCCAGGAGCGACGCUGGGGCACAGUGGCUUUCCUUGCCCUCUCACUCCUCUCCAUAGCUCUCCUGCCUCCACUGUAUGCCAUCCUACUCUUUAUCAGUGGGGAUGAGGCUAGUCGUGUUUGUGGUUCCUCCGCCACCCAACUGGCUCUGUUUACAGCCCAGUGUCGUCAGGUGACCCAGAGGAAGCUGCUCAGAUGUGUACCAGUUUGGUUCCUGCCCUGGCUGCUCUUACUCCUCAGUCUGGUGUUGCUCCCAAGCACACCGGGCCUGCUCCACUUCUGUGCCAUACUGAUAGGACACAACUGUAUCCUUCUCUGCCAAAAAAUACAACAAAUUAUUGGAAAGUGUUUUUGACCCCAUUGUCUCUGCCAUAUCUUUUACAUUCUGUGAUUAUGUACCUUAACUUUGUUUAAAGAUCGUCCAUCCUUUAUUGGGGUUUUGCAGAAAAUAGAGAAUAUUGGGAUUUUCAACUUCCUUCCUGCUUGGGCCUAUGUUCCUUACUAUUCAAGGCUCAGGCUUCCCACCUAUAACACCUCACAGAGGUGAGAACAACUAAUAAGUUACAGGAGUUUCUUGAAGUCUGAUUUACUACUACCUAUACUGGGAAUGGCAGAGUUGGUGGCAUGAGUGAGAUUAGAUUAGAGAGUUUAAUAGUCACAUGUACAGGGUUGCAGAUGUAAUUACAGUGUACAGUGAAAUUCUUGAGCUUCGAGCUUCAACAAUGCAGGACAAAGUGAAAUAAAACAAUACAAAUAUAAAUAAUAAUAUGAGUAUUGUCAUAUGAGUAUUGUCACAAGACUUUGUUGUUUAUUACAGAUCUGGGCCAUUCCCUCAGGUAGCUCCCUCUAACAGAACCCCCAUGGAGGACUUUUCACCCGUGAACCCACAACCUUGGUUAGCGUCUGUUCCUCAUUGGCUGCUGGACGGGUCUGCAGCAGAGUCAGAGGCCCAGUUAUUGGAGGAGCAGAUGCUGAGGGCAGGGAUAUUGGCCUCCUUACAGGAUGCUCCUGAGGAACCAGGGACCAAAGUGGAGGUGCCAAAGUCCUCAGUGUCCUUUCUGAGGUCAGUCAGGUUUACUAGGGCAUUUACUAGUAUGGAAGAGCAUAUUUUGCCUAUACACUGAGUGUACAAAACAUUAGGAACACCUUCCUAAUAUUGAGUUGCACCCCCUUUUGCCCUCACAACAGCCUCAAUUUGUCGGGGCAUGGACUCUACAAGGUGCUGAAAGCAUUCCACAGGGAUGCUGGCCCAUGUUGACUCCAAUGCUUCACACAGUUGUGUCAAGUUGGCUGGAUGUCCAUUGGGUGGUGGACCAUUCUUGAAACACACGGGAAACUGUUGAGUGUGAAAAACCCAGCAGUGUUGCAGUUCUUGACACACUCAAACCGGUUCGCCUGUCACCUACUACCAUACCCCGUUCAAAGGCACUUCAAUAUUUUGUCUUACACAAUCCAUUUCUCAAGACUUAAAAAUCCUUCUUUAACCUGUCUCCUCCCCUUCGUCUACACUGAUUAAAGUCGAUUUAACAAGUGACAUCAAUAAGGGUAUCAUAGCUUUCACCUGGAUUCACCUGGUCAGUCUAUGUCAUGGAAAGAGCAAUGUUUUUUACACUCAGUGUAUGUACUAUAUGUUAUUAGAGUAAUUUGUCAUAUAAUGCUUAAUUUUGAUUCCGCCCAAAAGCAAGCUUUGAUCAAAUAUGACUGGCUCAUCAAAGAAAAUAAUUUGUGAGUAAAAACAUACAGUACCAGUCAAAAGUUUGGACACACCUACUCAUUCCAGGGUUUUUCUUUAUUUGUACAUUGUAGAAUAAUAGUGAAGACAUGAAAACUAUGAAAUAACACAUAUGGAAUCAUGUAGUAACCAAAAACGUGUUAAACAAAUUAAAAUAUAUUUUAUAUUUGAGAUUCUUCAAAGAAGCCACCCUUUGCCUUGAUGACAGCUUUGCACGCUCUUGGCAUUCUCUCAACCGGCUUCAUGAGGAAUGCUUUUCCAACAGUCUUGAAGGAGUUCUCCCAUGCUGAGCACUUGUUGGCUGCUUUUCCUUCCCUCUGCGGUCCAACUCAUCCCAAACCAUCUCAAUUGGGUUGACUUUGGGUGAUUGUGGAGGCCAGGUCAUCUGAUGCAACACUCCAUCACUCUCCUUGGUCAAAUAGCCCUUACACAGCCUGGAGGUGUGUUUUGGGGUAUUGUCCUGUUGAAAAACAAAUGAUUGUCCCACUAAGCGCAAACCAGAUGGGAUGGUAUAUCGCUGCAGAAUGCUGUGAUAGCCAUGCUGGUUAAGUGUGCCUUGAAUUCUAAAUAAAUCACAGACAGUGUCACCAGCAAAGCACCAUCACACCUCCUCCUCCAUGCUUCACGGUGGGAACCACAUAUGCGGAGAUCAUCCGUUCACCUACUCUGCGUCUCACAAAGUCAUGGCGGUUGGAAUCAAAAAUCUCAAAUUUGGACUCAUCAGACCAAAGGACAGAUUUCCACCGGUCUCGUGUUUCUUGGCCCAAGCAAGUCUCUUCUUCUUAUUGGUGUCCUUUAGUAGUGGUUUCUUUGCAGCAAUUCAACCAUGAAGGCCUGAUCCAUACAGUCUCCUCUGAACAGUUGAUGUUGAGAUGUAUCUGUUACUUGAACUCUGUGAAGCAAUUAUUUGGGUUGCAAUCUGAGGUGCAGUUAACUCUAAUGAAUUUAUCCUCUGCAACAGAGGUAACUCUGUGUCUUCCUUUCCUGUGGCGGUCCUCAUGAGAGCCAGUUUCAUCAUAGCGCUUGAUGGUUUUUGCGACUGCACUUGAAGAAACUUUCAAGUUCUUGACAUUUUCCGGAUUGACUGACCUUCAUGUCUUAAAGUAUUGAUGUACUGUCAUUUGUCUUUGCUUAUUUAAGCUGUUCUUGCCAUAAUAUGGACUUGGUCUUUUACCAAAUAGGGCUAUCUUCUGUAUACCACCCCUAGCUUGUCACAACACAACUGAUUGGCUCAAACGAAUUAAGAAGGAAAGAAAUUCCACAAAUUAACUUUUAACAAGGCAAACCUGUUAAUUUAAAUUCAUUCCAGGUGACUACCUCAUGAAGCUGGUUGAGAGAAUGCCAAGAGUGUGCAAAGCUGUCAUCAAGGCAAAGGGUGGCUACUUAGAAGAAUCUCAAAUAUAAAAUAUAUUUUGAUUUGUUUAACACUUUUUUGGUUACUACAUGAUUCCAUAUGUGUUAUUUCAUAGUUCUGAUCUCUUCACUAUUAUUCUACAAUGUAGAAAAUAGUUUAUAAAAAAAAUAGUAAAACUCUCGAAUGAGUAGGUGUGUCCAAACUUUUGACUGGUACUGUAUAUGUAUUUUCUUUAAGUAAUUUUUCCCUCUCAGGCUUCAGCAAUUGGAGAAGAUGGGGUUUCCUACAGAUAAAGCUGUGGUGGCGCUGGCUGCAACUAGACAGCUAGAUGGUGCCAUCUCCCUGCUCAUUGAUGACAGAGUUGGGGAGGAGGCUGUGAUGACAUCCAAAGGGAAGAGCCCCCUGCCACCAAGAAUUAUCUGA